AUCCCAGACCAGGUUUCCUACCAAUAAUCUUUACACGAGCAGUACCCAUCUCUGAAAUGGUGAAACCUCGUUGCAUCUCGCACUAUGAUCUCCCUAUCCACGAAUUUGGAGAUGAACUUGAUCGCCGUGUGGCAGUCAUUGCACACCCGCAGGUUCUUCAUGAUCCGCAGGGUCGUCUUUUCCGGAGUGCUGAUGAGGCCGAACGCGAUGGCAAGCUUCUCGCUGUGGCGGCUCAGCAACUCUUCCUUCAGCUCGUCAUCAACGUCGUGCAGGACGGAGUUCAGGUCGGGGACAAAUCCCGCCUUCUUGAUCUCCUCCCACAUUUCAGCGGCCUUCCGGUAGAUCGAAUCCCUCUGCGGAUGCAGGACGUCGUCUGCUCCGAAGACGUGAACCUUGCCUCGUACAUGGGUCCAGCUGAAACCGGUCUCCUUCUUCACUCCUUUGUCCUUCCUCAGCUUCCAGAUCCUCGCUGCGUCGUUCCACCUCCCACAGGCAGAGUAGACGUUGGCGAGGGCGGAGUAGGCGCCACUGUUGUGAGGGUCAAUUGACAGCAACUUCCCUGCUGCGAGCUCUGCUAAAUCUGCAUUCUUACGCACCCUGCAAGCUGCAAGGAGCGAACCCCAGACUACUGUAUCUGGCGCAACAGGCAUCCGUUGGAUGAAUUCGUGAGCUUCUGUGAGCAGGCCGGCACGGGCAUGCAGGUCAACCAUGCACGCGUAAUGGCUCAUUUGUGGCACAAUGCCAUGCUCAUUCUGCAUCUGCUCGUAGUACCUCUUCCCUUUGUCUACAAAACCAGCAUGCGCGCAGGCUGAAAGCACGCCGACGUAUGUUAUAUGGUCUGGUUUCACGCCGACACGAACCAUUUCUUCAAAAAGGACAACGGCUUGUUCUCCCAAACCAUGCUGUGCCAUAGCCACGAUCAUUGAUGUCCAUGUAAUCGUUUCCUUGCGCCAGCAAAUCUGAUCAAACACCCUUCUGGCCAGUGGCACACUGCCUGACCUUGCAUACACUGUGAUAAUGGCAUUACUGACAGAGACAGAUUGCUCCUGCAAGGAUCUGAUAGCCUUGCAGUGGAUCUGUUUUCCGUAAUCAAGAUAUGCCAAGCUUGCACAGGCACUGAGAACAGCAGCAAGCGUAUGACUGUUUGGUUCUGGGCCAAUCAAGAUCAUUGACCUGAAGAGCUCCAUGGCUUCAUCAUUCUGACCAUUCUGAUGAUAGCCAACAAUCAUAGCAGUCCAGGCAAUGACAUCUCGAUUGUUCAUAAUGUCGAAGAUUUCCCUUGCCUGCUUUGUGUCCCCAAGCUUGACAUAGCCUUCCAGGAGAGCCGUGAAGGAGAUAACAUUCAAAUCAGCGACCACUGCCUGGUCCAUGAUCCUCCUUGCAGUCUCAACACUUCCGGAUUUUGCAUAGGUUGAGAUGAGAGCAUUCAUAAUCUGACUGCUGCACGGCAUUCCAGUUCUCAAGAUGUAAGAGUGCAUCUGCUUUCCCAUCUUCAGCAUACGAAGGUUAGCGCAAGCUGAUAGGACACUGGUUACCGUGAAUGCAUCUGGCUCCAUGGAAGAAGCACUCAGCAUUCGUGAGAAGAACUUCAAUGCCAUGCCAUCAAGCCCAUUCUGGUUAUACCCUGCUAUGAUGGUGUUCCAAGAGACAAUGCUUCGUUCUACCAUGUUCUCGAACAUGGACACAGCAAGCUCCAUCCUCCCCUGGUGGGUGUACAGCGAUACCAUGACAUUCCAGCUUGACACACUCCGCACCUGCAUCCUCUCAAACACAGCCCUUGCUGUCUCAGCAUCCCCACACUUGCCAUACAUGUAGAGCACGGAGUUGGCCACGGGCACGCAGCUGCUCAGCCCCAGCUUGACCACGAAGGGGUGGACCUUUCUCCCAACCCCGCAGGCCUCCAUCGCAGCGCACGAUGAAAGCACGUUCGUGAGUGUGAACUGCGACGGCGCAAACCCUUCACUGACCAUGUCCAGGAAUGUCUUCACAGCGUCCCAGAAUCGGCCGGAGCGGUUGAGCCCGACGAUCAUGAUGGUCCAGGACACGGCGUCCCGGUCGGGCAUUUCGGCGAACACGACGUGGGCGUCAGGGAGGCGGCCGGACUUGGCGUACAACGACAGCAGCGAGUUCCACGUGAACGCGUUCCGCCGCGCGUACGGUAUGUCGUCGAACAGGCACCGCGCCUCGCGGAAGCAACCACGACUCACGCCCACGCUGGCGUAGUAGGCGAGGAGGUUGUUGCAGAGGUAGGUGCUGACGAGGAGGCCCGCCUUGACGGCGUGCGCGUGGAUGGCCCGCCCUGCGGACGGGUUGACCGCGGUACGGCAGAGCUGCAGGAGCCGCGCGUAGUGGUCGGUGGCCGUGGCGGCCGCGGCCGUUGUUGCCAUGGUUGCCGGCCGCGCCGCGGCGGUCCCGGCUGCCAUGGGCCAUGGCGGCAUUUUGCAUGGCCUGGAAGAGCUUCGUUGCCCCUUGUGGUUGUCGAUCCCGUGGAACGCUACCAGUUUAGAGCUUAAAGUCCAUGGACCUCCAAACUCUAGACGGGUUGACUCAUUUGGAAAAGAUUCAUGGGCCGCAACAUGGACUUUAAGCCCACUUGAACUGUCCUCGCCGGUCGCCGCAACUCGGGAAAGUGCACCAAUGAUUGAGACCCGACUCGUCGUCGUCGGUCCUCUCCCCACAUUCCUUAGCUCUGCCCUCCGCCCCUCCCAAAUCCAUUCACUACCGCCGGCGCCGGAUCCAAUAGGAGGAGGAGGAAGAUGACUGUGGGCAUGAUCAACGCAAACCCGGUGGUGCACGAGCGGCCGGAGCGCGCCUCGCACCCCCACGCCGCCGAUGUGCUCGACCCUCUCGAUGUCUUUGGCGGGCUUUCGUGGUGCGGUGCGUCAGAUACGGUGCGGGACAUCAAGGACCCGGAGCACCCGUACUCCCUGGAGCAGCUCAGCGUGCUGUCGGAGGAGUCCGUCUCCGUUGACGAGACGCUCGGACGCAUCCAGAUAACCUUCACUCCAACUGUGCAGCACUGCAGUAUGGCCACAGUCAUUGGCCUGUGCCUCCGACUUAAGUUGAUGCAGAACUUCCCUCCACAUUUCAAGGUUGACAUCAAAGUUGCUCCAGGAUCUCUUGCUAAUGAAGAAUCAGUAAACAAGCAACUGAACGACAAGGAGAGGGUUGCAGCAGCCUUGGAGAACCCCAACCUACGCCAGCUGGUCGAUGAAUGCUUAUGCUUCAAUGAUCCAUACUCACGUUAACUUGUUCCAUGCUGCUUCACAAGUCGCAACCCUGCCUGCUGUACAGUAGUAACCAUGCAUGCUGUAGUCUGCCCUAUAUGUUGACGCUGUCGUUGUACCUGGCAACGUGUAAUUAACUGCCCCGGAGACAUCUGUUUUUGCCAUCUUUAAAACGUAUGGAUCUCAAUAAUAUGACAAGAGUUGCCUGCUUAUGUGACAUUAGCAUCCAAAAGCAAGUGUCAUUUAAUGUAAAAUCUUGGUCUUUGUUGGUCAUCUGUAUCGGACGUCAAUUCUGAUCUUGAUAUGUUCGGUUCUGGAA